CUCUGUGUACCCGCUAUUUGUGUACUCGUCGAGUAACCUAUUCGCAACCGCCGCUGCCUCGCUCGACGCACAUCGACGUUGAUUCGCAUUUGUCGAGUCUCUCCAUGGUCCGCCGUCAUCCAUGAUAACCUUCUGCACAAACACGUCGUUGAAUUCGGGGUGAGAACGUGGUGCAUCGUUGAAAAACGCGACGAAACAUACGGAUCUCGGCGGUUCGUUCAAACCGUGAUUGCGUCAUUACGCGCACACAGGUUCGCUCGCAAGCGCCACCAACGCUGUCCUCAUGAAAGCCACCGAAGCGAGUUUGAAAACAUGGAUACCCGCAGUGCAGCGCCGUGCACCGGACAACAUCGUGUCCUCGAACUAUGCGACGACGAAGGUUUUCAUACCCUCAUAUGAAAAAGAAGAACGGCCUCGCAUCGAGCAACUGCUGACAAAUGACUAUCAGCGUAUUUGGUGGAAGGAGAAGCGAGUCUGGGACGAGACGAUUGCCGAGAAAACCGCGGGCAAAAGAAUACUACCCCGUAUGCUGAUCAAAAGGAAAGUUCCAACGUGUGUGACUGUUAAGUAUCAAACGCGAACCGAUCGAUGGAUGGGAAAAAAGAAACAGGAUUUUGUGUUACAAAAAUCAAAUCCGAAGAAAAAGGAAAUUGAACGAGAGUCGAAUGGGAAUUCGAACACGACAGAGUUAAAGACCACAGAAGAUAACGAUACAAAAGUAGAAAAAAGCGAAGAAAUAAAAUCAGAAAACCAUAAAGAAACACAGUCGGAAAAUAAGAAAGAAACCGAAUAUGAAAGAGAAGAAGAGAGAGAAGAAGAAAGUACUGAUUGAGUCUGCUUAACUUGAUUCAUACGAAUUCCGCAAUAAAUGAUGUUAUUUCCAUAAAAACAUAA